ACAAAACUAUUUUCCGUUUUGUUGUUUAGUUUUGCGAUACCUUAGUGACGCUUUCACCCUCGAUACCAAGGUGAGGUCGAGCCGGGCCAACCUCCUACUUCAACCAACCCCGGCCAGAGGUCGGACCGAGCCAACCUCAUCCUAGAACCAAUCCUGGCCAGAGGUCGGGCCGAGCCAACCUCAUCCGUUCAGUCAGUAGUCUCUCCCCCUAGUCCCUACCAGCAUAGGCUAAAUCUCUCUCCAAUCCAUCUUGAACAUCCGCUAAACCAGAGUUAUUUUGUGAUUUGUGUAAAUGCGCGAAGUUGUUUAAAGUUUGAAAGAGUCGCAAAUCCGUGAAAAAUGUCGCAGGAAGAGUUUUUAUUGAAAUGGAACGAUCAUCAUUCAAGUUUCUUCAGUAUUGUUGAAGAUCUAUGCAGAACAGAGCAGUUAUGUGACGUCACAUUAGCCUGCGGAGGGCAGGUCUUUGAGACACAUAAGCUUAUUCUUAGUGUUUGCAGCCCUUACUUUAGAAGUUUACUAAACAGGGGAGACAAACAUCCAAUAGUUUAUCUCAAAGAUGUAAACCCUAAACACCUGGAGCAGUUGCUCAGUUAUAUGUACAGGGGGGAGAUUAACGUACUACAGAAUGAUCUGGGACCAUUGAUAGAGACGGCUCGAGGGCUCCAGAUCAAAGGUUUGGCUGAUGCUGGGAAUGGAGAGAGGAAGAAUGGGAGUUCAGCUCCUAAACGGACACGAACACCUACUCCAGCUCCUACUCAAGCUAAAUUGGCUAAACUAGAACAAUCAAAACCAAAGAGUAUUGAGAUGACCCCUGAGCUGAGCUAUGAACCUACAACAGUUGAUCCUGGACCUCUAAGUGUUAAACAAGAAAACAAUUCUCAGGAGGUGGUUAACUGGGGAGAGGACUCAAGUGACACAUACGAUAAUAUCCCUAACGAAAACUAUGAACAGGAGCUGCAGCUAGAAGAUGAGCAGUAUAUUCAACCAGAUGGACUGUCAGGACACCAGGUCAGUCAGAUUCAUCAAGGAGUCUCUCUUCCUUCAAACCUCUCCUUGACACCAAGGGAUCAGAAUAGUUCUAACCCAGGAGGGAGGGAAGGCGGAUAUAUCUCUAGAGGAAGGGAUGGCGGAUCCCUCUCCGAAGGAGGGAGGGAAAGCGAAACUAUCUCUCCAGCCGUGUCCCCGCCUUCUAUUCACCUUCAGCCUUGGUGUGCGCUGUCACAAACCACAACACAGCGGAAUGCCGCGAACUCAAUCCAGUAAUACAAUACCGCGCACACAGUGUACAACAAGAAACCAACCCUAUAACCACAUACCGUCCAAUCAGGUGUAUCAGAAUCAUAUUAUCAACCGACAAAUGAAUUUUUCACAUCCUAGCCAAGAAUUGAAGGCUCAGCUAGGAGUAGGACUCAGUUUAAGUCGACAACGACAAGGAAGACCUAGCGAGUUGGAUCCAAUUCAAGAUACCUUGAAACAGCUGAGUCGAUUAGCUGGAGGUGGCGCCAAACCAAACCAAACCUCAAUAGUUCACUCCGUAGACUCUAACCUACCGAUUGUUCACAGGGAUUCGUCCCCAGACUCCCGUGGACCCGUUAACCCAGAAAAAUCUGUGAAAUCUGAGAAUUUGGAACCUACCGCCAAUAAAACCGCUUCUUCAGUGGGCGAUCAAUUACCGCCGACUAUUAAAAAAGAAAAUGUUAACUCUUAAUGAACAAAAAUAUGUUUCUAAAUGUUGAAUGGCCUAAAAUCGUUUAAUAUUUAAAACAUUUGUAAAGACAAAUCUUUCUGAUUUCAUAAAUUAACAUUAGCACAAAGAAAACGUUCCUUGGACAGAUUUUUCAAAAAAUGUACUGUCGAUCUUGUUUAAAGUGACAGUCAUUUACAGCAGGGCAUUUCCGAUUCACAAUGGUAUCCUUAGACCCCCGCCGUAUCAACAGAAAUUAGCAAGAUAUCCUUGUUCAAAUUAAUGAUUUCCAAUUAUGGUUUCUAAUCAGGCAGAAGAGACAAAGAAUGAAAAGAUAAGAGCUCAUAUAAAGGUGUAACGGAUACUGUUGUGAAUCUGACAUGCGUUGACAGUCUCUUUAAGCCUCCCUCUACAACAUCGAGCCAACUAGUUUUGCCCCCAGGAACAAAUGAAAGAGGGUACAUUCAAGAUUUUACUUUCUCAGCUUUAUUUUAGUUUAGAUCUGAUAGUUUUUUUUUAUUUUUCCUUUUCUUCAGUUGUUUUGACAACAUUUUGUAUUGUUGGAAGAAUUCAACAUUAAAUUCAUCUAAUUUAUUUCUCUUUUAUUGUCAAACUGAAACAGGGUAUUAUUGUAGAACAUUUUUUAAAUAUAUUUAAUUAUUUUUCAUUCUAA